AUGUCCUUCAAACAAAACUUUUUUACGUUAAACAAUGGGAAUAAAAUCCCUUCCGUAGCUGUAGUCGGUACAGGUACAAGAUGGUACAAACAAGAAGAAACUCCUGAUAACUUCAACAAUGAAUUGGUUUCCCAAAUUGAAAAAGCAUUGACUUUACCAGGAAUUGUUCAUAUUGAUGCUGCUGAAGUCUAUAGAACCUACCCAGAGGUUGGCAAGGCUCUAAGUCAAUCUAAGAAACCAAGGAAUGAAAUAUUUAUCACCGACAAGUAUUCUACUCAAUUGAAGGUAACUGAAAACCCAAUUGUUGGACUAGACACUAGUUUGAAGAGAUUGAACCUUGAAUUUGUUGAUCUAUACUUGUUACAUAGUCCAUUUGUUACUGUCGAAAAGAAUGCUUUCACAUUGGAAGAUGCUUGGAGACAAAUGGAGAAAUUGUACAAGGAUGGGAAGGCCAAGAAUAUUGGUGUCUCUAAUUUCUCUACCGAAGAUCUAGAGAAAAUUUUAGCUAUCUGUGAGAUUAAGCCUCAAAUCAAUCAAAUUGAAUUCAAUGCAUUCUUACAAAAUCAAACACCUGGAAUCGUAAAGUUCUGUCAAUCCAAUGAUAUUAUUCUAGAGGCUUAUUCCCCAUUAAGUCCAUUCCAAAAGAGACCUGAACAUUCCGACACAGAUCCCUUUUAUAAGUUUAUUAACAGUUUGACUGCCAAAUAUUCAAAAACUGAGGCCCAGAUCCUAUUGCGUUGGGUAACAAAACGUGGCAUUGUCGCAGUGACAACUUCAUCGAAAUUUUCUAGAGUUCAAGAGGCUCAAAACUUGUUUUCCUUUGAUUUAACCGAUGAAGAAGUUGAAGAGAUUACCAAGUUAGGUUUAAAACACAAAGCCCAAAGACUUUAUUGGAAUGAAGAAUAUGACAAGUACAACAACCAAUCGCAACAAUAA